AUGACAACGAAUCGACCGGUGCAAUCGACAAAUCUGUCAGAUUUAUCAUAUUUAUCAAAACCAAUUGGUGAUUUAUUUGGACAAUUACCAGUAAGUCCAGAUGAUUAUUCUCGUUCUUUUUUAUCAGAAGAUCAAAUAGUAUUCUAUAAAGCAAAUGGAUAUUUAACUCAAGUACGUGUAUUAACUGACGAACAAUGUAAUCGUAUCAUAGAUGAAUAUAAAAAGUUUCUUUUAUGGAAUCAUAAUCAUGACAAUUCAGAAGGGAACCAUGAAUCACAUUGUUUGGAUUUUCCAGAAAAAAGUCUCUUAUAUGAAUAUCAUUCGAAUAAAAGUAAUGAUCCAAAUAAUAUUGUUACACACAUGUUAGGCCAUUGGAGGAUAUCACCUUUAUUUCAUGAUUUAAUUUUUAUACCAACAAUUACCGUGCCAGCAUCUCAGUUACUUGCUGCUUUUCAUCCAUCGAAACAACUCAUGGUUCCAGUUCAAUUCUGGCAUGAUCAAAUUUUUGCCAAACCAGCACAUCGUGGUGGACAAGUCGGUUGGCAUCAAGAUUAUUCACAUUGGACACAUAGUGAACCGAUGCAACAUAUUACUGUACAUAUCGCAUUAGACGAUCAAACAGAAGAAAAUGGAACCGUACAUUAUGUUCCGGGUUCACAUCUUUGGCACAGAACUGAAAAUGGUAAAGAAGUACCAUUGCCAGUAGUUAAUAUGGAUUUUACAAAGAUGGAAAGUAUAAAAGAAGUUUUAAAUGAAGACGAGAUGAAAAUGUUUCAACCAUUACCUAGCUUACUUAGAAAAGGUCAUGCUUCAUUUCAUCAUCCACUAACUGUUCAUGGCUCAUAUCCUAAUCGAACAUCAUUGCCACGUCGUUCUGCAGUGCUCAAUUAUUUUGUUGAAGGCACACGUAGUAAUACUGAUGAACCCUUUUUUCAUGGUGUACCUAAAAUAGCACGUGGUGAACCUAUCAAUAGUCGUUUUUUUCCUCUAGUCUUUGAUCCGAAAUGGAUGUAA